AUGGCUGACCAGGAGCAUACCUACACCUUUAACGUUGCCAUGAGCUGCGGCGGCUGCUCGGGCGCCGUCACUCGUGUGCUCGGCAAGCUCGAAGGCGUCAACAGCUUCACGGUCUCGCUCGAGGACCAGCGGGCCGUCGUCGUCGCGCAGCCGGGGCUCGAGUACAAGACGGUGCUCGACACGAUCAAGAAGACGGGCAAGAAGGUCAACUGGGGCGAGAUCGACGCCGUCCGCGUCGCCGACGAGUAA